AUGGACCUGCUAAGGGACCUUAAGACCUUGCAAUUUGAGUAUGGGAUUGAAGAGGAAGACCGCUGCUGGCUGUAUUUGCAGGGUCGUUAUCAGGGGCGGAUGACUGAGGCCUGUGCCCAUGCAAUCUUCCUCUGCAAACUACUCCAUAAUUUGAGAAAAUUAAUAUAUGAGAUGAAGGUUUCCAGUUACCGUUCCGUUGGAUCGCAUUAUACCAAUCCUAAAGAUGAGUUAAAGGUGGGCAUCAUUGGAGGCGGCCACCUUGGAAAGCAACUGGCUCAAGUACUGCUUCAUCUUGUCCCCAUCCCUCCUGAGAAGCUGUGGAUCUCCACUCGGAGGCCCGAGGCCCUGGAGGAGUUCCAGAAGCUGGGGAUCCGGUGCUUUUACAAUAACGCUUAUCUGGCGGCCUGGGCCGACAUGAUAUUCCUCUGCUGCCUGCCAUCUCAGCUGCCUAAUAUCUGCGCAGAAAUAAACACCAGCUUUAAAAAAGACAGCAUUGUAUACAGCUUCGUAUCUGCCAUCCCAAUACCCAGGUUGAAGAGGCUGCUGAACCACACCAAUAUCUUGCGGCCUCACUAUCAGUGUGUGGAAGGUUUUGCUAACAUCUGGCAGUCCAACAGGGAAAUCACUGCUGCUCUCCAAGAUCCCGUGAUUCUUCUGGCUACCUGCCCCUACAACCCUGCUGGUGGGAUAAUCAUCAAUAUCAAGUGGUUGGAAGGAGUAUUUUACGCAGCCUUGAACACCUGCACAGCAAAGGACAUGCCCCACGCACAAACGCUGCAGAUUAUGAAUGAGCUGUUCCUCUCUGCGCACACUGACAACUGUGAGGAAAAUGGAGCAUCGUGCCCAAAACUUCAAUUACAAGACUUUAUCAGCCAAGACUAUGCCAAGGAUAUGCCUCAGAGGAGGCCUUUACCCUGGUUUGAUCUGACUGCUGUGCAACUGAGGGACACUCCCUUUAGCGUGAAGCUCUUAACCUGGACUAGUCUCCAGGACCACAUUAUCCAGCUAUACUGUAGUGAGUUUGGCUUCUCCUUAACCAAAGAACAACAGUCAGAGGUUUCCACAAGCUCUAUAUUCUAA